AUGGCCACGAGAUGGUACGCGGGAGUCGAUGUUGCAGCCGUCGUUUGGAUGUUGCCCUAUCCGGAUGAGUACGGACGAGUACGGCCUUUUCUUAGUACCCCGUUGCCGGGUCGAAACCGGCGAGGAAAGGUACCGCUUGCGACACGUGCUGCAAGCUGGACGCUGGCUGCAAGGAGAGCAAUACACCGUGGAAAUGCGACAGGUGGGACAAGUGCUGACUCGCCGUGGGUGAUGAAGUGGGCGUCGAAUCUGGAGGAAGGACGCAAAAGGGGCGGAGAUGGACACUGCGCAAAUAGUCAAGGCAUCAAGGUCGGCAAAAUGCCGACUGUGAAGGUGUCGAUGGGUGCAACUUCAAGUGUUCCGAUGAAGGACAGGAGGGUGAGGGUGGAGGAGAGACAACAAGAACACCAGUUGAGUAUCUACUCAAAAGAACCCUGGAUAUCGAAACAGGGGUGUGCCUGA